AUGGCUGGUUCUUCUCAACGACACUGUUUCUUAGAAGAAGACGAUGGUAUAUCUUCAAUCGCCGGCAUCGAACCGGGAUAUUCUGGUCAUAAUCAUUCCUCUUACAAAUACGGUUAUGUUUCCAGAACUUUAGGUUACGCCACUUUCUGUAAUAACAGAGAUCUAAGAAACAACGUGUAUUCACCUAGAUCUGGUAGAUUUUAUGAUGCGAGAUUCGAAGAUCAUCAACCUCACUUUCUCGAAGCUUGUUUUCUUUGCAAGAAGCCUCUCGGAAACAACAAAGAUAUCUUCAUGUACAGAGGGGACACACCUUUUUGUAGUGAAGAGUGCAGGCGUGAGCAAAUUGAGAUAGAUGAAGCGAAAGAGAAGAAUCGGAACUUUUCUUCUUCAAUGGCUUUGAGAAAUAAAGAACAGAGAAAAUCGGUUUCGCCAAACAAAGCGCAAGAUUACUCGUUUCGUACAGGGACGGUUGCUGCCGCUUAA